UCCAUGGCCGUGAUCGCGCCCUACGCGGCACAGCGGAACCUGUUGGAGAGGCGCCUCUCCGAACUGGGUCUGCGGCAUCCGGGGACCCAGGUUGCUACGGUGGAUGCCCUCCAGGGAGACGAGCGCGAGGUCGUCGUUUUCUCCGCGACGCGCAGCAACGACACCGGAGCCAUCGGCUUCCUGAGCGACCCUCGACGAGCAAAUGUCCUUUUGACCCGCGCCCGCCGUGCCCUCUUCGUCGUGGGC